CGGAAAUGGCCGCGGAAUCGUACACACCAUCCUCGUUGGAAACUGGUUCCUUUCAAGACAAGCAACCUACUUCAAAACCCCAUGAAAUAGUUGCCGUUUCUCGACAGCAACCUCUAGAGUUGAGUGCAGAUGAUACAGACAACCCGCGAUCAUGGUCCCAAAAGAAAAAGGUUUCUAUUGGUCUUUUCGCUCUGAUGUCCACCUUCGUCACCACCAUCGGAACCCCCAUCUACAUAGGAGCAAUUCCUGGAAUCCAACGGCAGUUCCACAUCACCACCACACUAGCCAUCUCCCCCAUCUCACUCUACGCUUGCGGUCUCGGAAUCGGCGCCCUCAUCGCAACCGCGGCCUGCGAGAUCUACGGCCGAAGAAUCGUCUUCCAAGUCACCCUCCCCAUUGCCCUAAUCUUCACCAUCGUCGGCGGGUGCUCUCAGAACUUUGCUACGCUCGCUGUGGCUCGCACUCUGGCCGGUCUUUUCAGCGGUCCUUGUCUCACUGUUGGAGUCGGCGUCCUCAACGACCUCUGGGAUCUCAGCCUCGAAAAAACGGGAACCACUUUCGCAGUCUUCUUCGUCCUGUUCGUCAUCUUGGCCACGCAGAUAGGUCCUAUGGCCAGCGCUGCGAUCAUUGAGCACCAUUCUUGGCGCUGGACUUUCUGGGUUGCUGCUAUCCUCGUUGGCAUAACGACCGUUUGCAGCUUUCUGCUUCCGGAGACGUAUCAUCCACAGAUCAUUCGUGCUCGCGCGAAGAAAAUGGGACAGGCGUUGCCGUCACGGGGGACAAAUGCAUCUAUUUUCCUGACAGCUAUUGGAAGGCCGUUGCACAUGAUGUUUGUCGAGCCGAUCAUCUUCCCAACCGGCCUCAUGCUGGCUGUCGCACAGUCUGUCAUCAUGGCAUAUUAUGUUGGGUACGCACUUCUCUUCGAAAGAGUGUACGGCUUUAGCCAGUUCAAGGUCGGGAUGGCGUUUGGUCCGUUGGUUGUCGGGGCUUUUCUCGCCGUUCCAGUUGUGGCUCUUUUUGAUAAACUUCUGUACCAGAAAGCAAGGGCAGAGGCGUUGAGGUUGGGAAAGACGGUGGCACCAGAGAAGCGGUUGUACCCUGCCAUGUUGGGAAGCAUCACUCUUCCCGUCUCAUUGUUCUGGCUCGCCUGGUCCGGCAGGAAGGAAAUCCAUUCUAUCGUGCCUAUCCUCUCAGGCGCUCUUUUCGGCUUCUCCAACGUCCUGACCAUGCUCUGCCUCCCAAUUUACAACAAUGACGUCUACACAAUCCACUACGGUGCCUCCGUCCUCGCCGCCACAACCUUCAUACGCUUCACCAUCUCGUCCAGCUUUCCUCUCUUCACCGCGCAGAUGAUUGAUCGGCUGGGCUUUGCGUGGGCCACGAGCGUGUUGGGCUUCAUUGCUGUGGCUUUGAUUCCGAUUCCGUGGGCGUUUUGGAAGUGGGGGCCGAGGUUGAGGAAGGGGACGAGGUAUUUGAGGCAUUUGGAGGUUGUUGAGACGAGGUGAGGGUGGUGGGAACCGGCAGAGUUGAGGAAUCUUUUGUGGCGAGGGAGUUUGGUGUUAGAUGAUUUGUGCAUGGUGUGCUUUGUUGGGUACGGAGUAAUGAAGUAGCGAGUAAAGCAGCAUAAGUGAUUUCAAAAAUGAAGAACGCUUGAUUUUGACAAUUG